ACAUUUGCGGCUUCGAUCAUCGUGAGCUUGGCUCAUGCUUCAUUCACACCUUCUUCCGAUGGCUUGACAGUUAACACCACCAGUGGACAGCUCCGUGGAUUUGUCAACCAAACAUCCCCUGAUGUUCGUCAAUUCCUCGGCGUCCCUUAUGCUCAACCACCAGUGGGGCCUCUACGAUUCGCUCCACCACAGGACGCAGUCUUCAAGCAACAGAUCAUCAACGCAACCGCCCUUCCCAACUCAUGCAUGCAGCAAUUCUCCAAUGGCUCAACCAUCUAUACUGCUUACGAAACUGAGUUUCUGAUCAGUGGUGGACAAUCAGAAGAUUGCCUCUACCUCUCUAUAUGGACACCCUCGGUGACUGGCAUCGAUGCCAAUGGCUCUCCCUUACCCGUCUUCCUCUACAUACCAGGAGGCGGAUUCACCAGUGGAGGCCAGAACUCGAUGUACAAGAUUCCAGACAAGUGGGUACAAAGAACUCAGUCACAUAUUGUGGUCAUCAUGAAUUACCGAGUCAACGUUUUCGGUUUUCCCAAUGCUGCUGCCUUGACGCAUCAGAAUCUCGGACUGCUUGAUCAGCGUAAAGCCGUCGAGUGGACUCAUCGAAACAUUGCUCAAUUUGGCGGGGAUCCUGAUAGGAUUACUCUCUGGGGCCAGUCGGCUGGCGGAGCAAGUGUUGCCAACUACCCCUACGCUUUUGCAGAUGAGCCCAUCGUGGCAGGUUUGAUUGCUGACUCAGGGGCUACUGGUAUCAUCGCAAAAUCUGAUCCUACGCACUCCAACUUUACCGCGCUGGCUGGUAUGGUUGGAUGCGGCAACAUGAAUGCAUCGGCCGAGCUUGAAUGCGUCCGCAGUGUUGAUUCAACGGUGUUGGAGAACGCUCUCUCGAAUUACGUUAUCAGCAAGAAGUCGCCUACAAUCUCGUUUACUCCUUCUGACGACAACAUCACAGUCUUUACCAACUACACUGAUCGCAUUAUUCAUGGGCACCUUGCGAAGCUAGGAGCUGGGUUUAUACCUUUCACACCAUCUGGUCCUGGUAACACGACUCUUGUCAAUACUACCUUGUCUAUCAUUGCCUGCCCUGUGGCACAAGAUGUCGCUCGCCGCAAUCUCUUUCCAUCGGACUACCCUACCUAUCGCUAUCUUUACACUGGGAACUUCAGCAACAUUUCACCUGUUUCUUGGUUCGGGGCAUAUCAUAGCGCCGAGCUUCCCUUGCUGUUCGGCACACAUGAUGAGUACGGCCCUGGCAACUCUACCAGUUUCGAAUUCGCGGUGAGUCAAACGAUGGAGGCUUUGUGGUUGAGCUUCGCGGUAAAUCCAGCUGCUGGUCCCAAGAGAUUUAACAGCUCUGAUGGUGGUUACUUUGCUUGGCCGCAAUUCAGUCAAAAUUCAAGCAAUCUUGUUGUGUUUGCAGAAGGAGGCCNNAAGCUUUCGAUCAAUCUCCAUGAUGGAGGUGUUAGUAAUGGUACCUUGUCUGAAGACAUCAUGAUUUUGAACAAGCAUGGUGCAUUCGAGACUAUCAAGCAGAACGAUUGGCUCAAUUCGCUCAAGGCUGCCGGAGUCCUCCUCGAGAAAUCCACAGUCGAUGAGGCUCACGUCAAUGGCACUGCUGUACCCAUCGGCAACUUUUCGACCAACGGUACCCUGAGCAAGCGUCAAGCAAGCUGCGACAGUACCUACGCAAUCAUCACAGACACCACUCAGCGCUUCGUCGACUGGGAUGUCCAAAUGUCGCCCGUUGUCUGCGGCGUUGGUGACAUGGACAUCGAUGUCAUGAAAGGANUGUCAGUGCAUCAGAUUCGUGUCUCCAUUCAGCUUUUGACAAUUCUUCCAGAUAUGGUCGCGAACUCCGUCACUGUCAGUGGAGGUGUUAACCCAACACUCAUUGCCGACAAGUUGACCGCACAAUUUGGCGUCAGUUUCAGUCGUACCUGGACCACGCAGGACUCGAUCACGACCAAAGGUACAGUCAAGGACGGCGACUGCGGUGUCAUGAUCACCAGACCUCUUGUCACACGUCGUUAUGGCCGGACUAUGCAAGGCUGUCCUGGUAGCUACAAGCAGAUCGGUACUUGGAUGGCUGACCAACAUGGCGAGGGAAGUUAUGCAGGAAUUGAUUGGGUUUCUGGUGCUAUCUCUAUGUGCAGCAAGAAGCAAGCCGCACCUCCUCUUACCCGCUGCCAUGGUGCCGGCGAGUUUGUGUAA